AUGAAUGUGAUCAAACUUCAGAGGAAAUACCCCCAGUUCGAACAGGGUGAGAUUUUCUCUCUUCAAGACGCAUUCAGAAAAUUAGAUUUGGACGACAAGGGGUAUCUGGAUGAAGGCACGGUUAUAAAGGCCACGCAGCAGUCAGAACGUCAACCCUACGAUGUUGUGCGUCAAGCGUUAAAGGAGGUUGAGCUUGACAGCUCUCGUCGGGUGGAACUUGAGGAUUAUGUGGACCUCAUUGCUAGACUUCGCUCUGGCUCGGCGCAAAGCGUGCCCAUCAGGGAUCCCGUUUCUGCAGCCGCCCCAGGGGCCCCACGGCACGUCUCCAAAGGGAGCGUAGGUGGGAGGAUUCAUGUCCAAGGUUCCUCUUCGAAUGUGACUCACACAAUUAACGAAGAUGAGAGGACCGAAUUUACGAGGCAUAUCAAUGCUGUCCUUGCAGGUGAUUCGGACAUUGGACACCUUCUGCCCUUCCCCACCGAUACUUUCGAGAUGUUUGAUAAGUGCAAAGACGGUCUGGUUCUGGCGAAACUCAUUAAUGACAGUGUUCCUGAUACGAUUGAUGAGCGCGUUUUGAACAAAUCUGGCAGGAAAAUCAAAGAACUCAACGCAUUCCACAUGACUGAGAACAACAACAUAGUCAUCAACUCAGCCAAAGGUAUUGGGUGUUCGGUCGUGAACAUUGGAAGCGGCGACAUCAUAGAAGUGCGAGAGCACCUCAUUCUAGGUCUUAUCUGGCAAAUCAUCCGACGCGGACUAUUGGGGAAGAUUGACAUCAAGCUUCACCCCGAGCUGUAUAGGCUUCUCGAGGAAGACGAGACGCUGGAGCAGUUCUUACGGCUUCCACCUGAGCAAAUCCUAUUGCGUUGGUUUAAUUACCACCUGAAGAACGCGCAAUGGCCGCGAAGGGUUACGAACUUCUCAACGGAUGUGAAAGAUGGCGAGAAUUACACUGUUCUCCUUAGCCAAUUGGCACCUGAACUCUGUUCACGGCAGCCACUCCAAACCCGAGACCUGCUCCAGCGUGCAGAGGAAGUUUUAGGAAAUGCCGAAAAACUAAACUGUCGCAAAUUUCUCACUCCGACGUCUCUGGUUGCUGGAAAUCCCAAACUUAAUCUUGCCUUCGUCGCAAAUCUGUUCAACACUAUCCCGGGUCUUGACCCAAUCACUGAGGAGGAAAAGCUCGAGGUUGAGGACUUUGAUGCCGAAGGCGAACGGGAGGCGAGAGUUUUCACCCUAUGGCUAAACUCGCUCGACGUACAGCCUGCUGUGAAUUCACUGUUCGAUGACCUUCGCGACGGAACCAUCCUAAUGCAGGCAUAUGAUAAAGUCAUUCCCGAAAGCGUGAACUGGCGGCACGUUAACAAGGCACCAACAUCUGGACAGGAGAUGAUGCGCUUCAAGGCAGUUGAGAAUACCAAUUAUGCUAUCGAGCUAGGCAAACAUCAUGGGUUCUCACUGGUAGGCGUACAGGGAGCGGAUAUUACUGAUGGACAACGGACUCUCACGCUAGGUUUGGUGUGGCAAUUAAUGAGGCGGGAUAUCACAAACACACUCUCAAGCCUAGCUAGUCGCAUGGGCAAGCGCGAGAUCACAGACUCGGAGAUGAUCAAAUGGGCCAACGACAUGUCCCGCAAAGGUGGUCGCAGCUCUUCGAUACGCAGUUUCAAGGACCAGUCAAUUGGCUCGGGCGUGUUCCUCCUGGACGUGCUCAACGGCAUGAAAGCUUCUUAUGUCGACUAUGAUCUCGUGACUCCAGGUCAGACUGAUGAGCAAGCCUAUGCAAACGCAAAACUCAGUAUCAGUAUUGCCCGCAAGAUGGGUGCAACUAUCUGGCUGGUGCCCGAGGAUAUCUGUCAAGUCCGGUCUCGACUCGUGACUACCUUUAUUGGUUCUCUCAUGGCUACAUACGAAAAGAUGUGA